AUGACAGGAAGAGACAUACGAACGUUUGUAACAACUCACAGAAGCAAAGACACAGGGAAUCUAGUUAUUCGUAUGAAGAAUGGAAUCAGCAGUUCAAAAUACAAGCCUGUUAACUAUCAACAACUGCGUGCAGAAACUGAAGCCAAAAAAUUUGCUUCUGCAGGCAUUCAGCUAAAGAUCAAGAAAACCCAGCAAGCCUGUAAAAUAACAAAAGACCAAACGCUUAUCAAGCAGCACUCGUUGGUGUGGUGGAAAGAGCACAAGCGACUGAGCGAUAGUCGGGAAAAAAUGGAAUCUCAGCUACAGAUCUUCCUGGAGGAGAAAAGUACAUUUUGUCCUUUUUUUGCAGAUAUUGUCAACUUCGAACAGCAAUUAUCGGAGGAACGAGAUGGGUAUAAAGCAUGCACAGUACAUCCCAUCUGGCAGCUGAGGGAUGAUUUAAAACACAGGAUUUGUGAACUGCGGCAUGACUCUCUCCACCAGUCUCAAAUGGAAAAUGACUUUGAUCCGGAGAAUAUAAUCCAGCAGGUUGAAUCUGUGAAAAGACAACAAAAUGUGUUAAUUGAAAAACUAAUUCAAGAGCAGCAGGCUUUAGAAGAAGAACUUUACGGAUGUGACAUUCUGGAAUUUAUUCAUUUAGAAGAAAUUUCAGAUCCGCUUGGGGAAAUCCCUGUUAUUCUACAGGAGAUAGAAUGUCCAUAUCCAGACCUGAAGUCCUCGGUACUAAGCGAAUAUCAGCAGCUUGUUGACCUCUACAGCAGAAAGAUGAAAGAGCUUGAUGGACAGUCAAAAGAUAUAGACAGGAACUGUACAUGGAGUACAGAGGACCAUUGGAUUCUCCAGUCAGUUAUCAGCCAGUAUCCCUAUGAUCUUCCAAACAGAAGAGCUUUGUAUUUGGAUAUGCUUUCCAGACUUCUCCCACACAAACCAAGGCAGGAGCUGGUGAGCCAUGAAAAGAUCUGGGACUUGAAUCGCUUCGCUAAAGACCAAAGAAAAGCUCUGAUAGAAAGCCGGACUCGGUAUAAGAAAGAUUUUGUCUUGAAGGCACUGCUGACCAUCGCUGAAGCCGGUUCUGCAUAUGAAGCAGAACUCAUUCUGGCUAAUGACAGGCUGCAGCAACAUCAGAUUUGUACUGAGCUUAAGGAGAAGGUCAUGCAGUGGAGAGUGCACCAGGAGGAAGCCACUAGAUUAGAAUCUGCCAUCGCUGCCAGGAGACGACAAGAAGAAGAGCAACGAGAAAGACAAAGCAAAGAGAAAGAGAAGCUGCAGAGAGCAGAUGAAAAGGAAAAAAUACAGAAGUACAAAGCGGAGAAGCAACAAGCGUGGGAAGAGCUACAGAGAAGAGACAUAGAGCGCCUGGAGCAGCUGAGGAGAAUAAUGACGCAGCAAGCUGAGAAAGACAGAGAGCGGGUUGUAUACCGGCAGCAGCUACUGGAGAAGCGACUGUUAGAGAGAAAGGAGAUGGCGCUUCACGAUGAGCAAGUCGAGAUGGAGAGGCAGAGGAGACUGGAAGCACUGCGGCAGCAGGUUGCUGUGAUAGCAGAAUUUGAUCCUGUCCGAAUGAUGAGUGACACCAAAGCCUGGAAAGCUAGAAUGGGUAUUGGGACAGAAGAGGAAGUCGUUCUUCAAAAACCUCUUUUUGAGUUACAUACAUACAGUGAGCAACAGAUUAUUUCCGACCCGAGGAUCAGAGUUGAGAUGGCGCUACGAGAUGCCGGUCUUCACAAGACUUCCUACGCUAAAGAAAUCUUACCUAAAAUACCUCCGCCAAAGCCGCCGAGGAAGGACAUGGAAUCCACCAUAUUUAAAAAUUAGCAGAGCCUCCGCUGUAUCACUCGUUUAUCAUUAAAUUAUUUAUAGUGUUACUGGGGCUGUCAUUAGAUUCCUGUUACCAAGGAAGGACCUGACCUGGCAGCAAAUGGACAAUAGAUCAGGUUAUGGUUGUGCACUAAGUAUCAUUAUAUUGGGAGUGUGGAUGGAGAUUG